CGUCGUCCGCCCUCCCCCACAGCGGAGGGCGGGUCCGGCGGCGCGCGGACAGCCCGGCGCGAGGCCCCGCGGCUCCGGUCGGGACGUCGCUGCGGGCGGCGGUGCUGCUGGCGUCCAAGAUGUCGACCAAGAAUUUCCGAGUCAGUGACGGAGACUGGAUCUGCCCUGACAAGAAGUGUGGAAAUGUAAACUUCGCUAGGAGAACAAGCUGUAAUAGAUGUGGUCGAGAGAAAACAACUGAAGCCAAGAUGAUGAAAGCUGGGGGCACAGAAAUAGGAAAGACGCUGGCAGAGAAGAGCCGAGGCUUAUUUAGUGCAAAUGACUGGCAGUGCAAAACUUGCAGUAAUGUGAAUUGGGCCAGAAGAUCAGAGUGUAACAUGUGUAAUACUCCAAAGUAUGCUAAGUUAGAAGAAAGAACGGGAUAUGGAGGUGGUUUUAAUGAAAGAGAAAAUGUUGAAUAUAUAGAAAGAGAAGAAUCUGAUGGGGAGUAUGAUGAGUUUGGACGUAAAAAGAAAAAAUACAGGGGGAAGGCAGUUGGUCCCGCAUCUAUAUUAAAGGAAGUCGAAGAUAAAGAGUCAGAGGGAGAAGAAGAGGAUGAGGAUGAAGAUCUGUCUAAAUAUAAGCUGGAUGAGGACGAGGAUGAAGAUGAUGCUGAUCUCUCAAAAUAUAAUCUUGAUGCCAGUGAAGAAGAAGAGAGUAACAAAAAGAAAGCAAAUAGACGGAGUCGCUCCAAGUCUCGAUCAUCUCACUCGAGAUCUUCAUCACGCUCAUCCUCCCCCUCAAGUUCAAGGUCCAGGUCCAGGUCCCGUUCAAGAAGCUCUUCCAGCUCGCAGUCAAGGUCUCACUCCGGUUCCAGAGAACAUUCCAGAUCCCGUGGUUCGAAAUCAAGAUCCAGCUCCAGGUCCCACAGGGGCUCUUCUUCCCCAAGAAAAAGAUCUUACUCAAGUUCUUCAUCAUCUCCUGAGAGAGACAGGAAGAGGAGUCGCUCUAGACCUUCUUCACCCGCUGUUCGCAAAAAAAGACGAACGAGAUCACGGUCACCCGAAAGCCAGGUGAUUGGUGAAAACAUUAAACAACCCUGAGCCCAGGGCCAUCCCCUACGGAACACCACCACUUUGCCCAGGUUGAUACUGACUUACUCGUAUUGGCUGCAUGACUCUAGCACUUUAACUAACUAUACAGUCACGUUAUAUGAUCUAGACUUCCAAAACUUCAUUGCUUUGAAUGUACUAUUUCAUACACGCAGAAACCUUGCUGUGUUACAUAGAGACCUGGUGUGCUGUCUGUGGUACAGCUGACAUUGAUUUUAUCACACGCCUUACCAGGAUUAUAUGCCUUCCUUGUACAUAUAUAUGAUUACAGGCUUCUUUAGAGGCUUUCCCUUCAUUACCUUGAAUAAUUGAGAGGUGGCUAUAUUUGAAAUGAGUGUUACUAUAUUCUUAACUUGUAGAGAGUUUUGAGUUAAAAUCACACCAAUUCUGGGCUCACAUCCAAAAAUGUGUAUAAACAUCUUAGGUUUAACUAUUUCUGCCAGCAUCAAGGUACCUAGUGUUUGCUCUGCUCUUUUCUGGUGUUUGCAGUCUUAGGAACAGACACACAGUUCAGUGCUGUUUACAGAUUGUGCUGCUUUCUUGUGUCUUACAGGCACCACAGGUCGUCUUCUGGAUCAACCCAUUCUGGUUCCCGUUCAAGUUCAAAAAAGAAAUAAUGUAUUAAAAUUUACAUCUUUAAAAAACAUUGAAUACAGUGCAUGAAGCAUAUUUUUUAGGAAGUUGAUGUCUCAUUUGGUCAGAAGUACUACAUCUGCUAGUAGAGGUGCAUGCCUUUAUUGCUUUUCAAAACAGUACAACUGUGUUUAUUUGUGAAAUUGAAAGUAAAUUGCAUUUUAAGCCAUACUGUUCCCCAGAUAAAAUGUUCUAUUCAUUAUUUACAACCAUUUGCUUCAUUUAAAAACAGCUGUAGCAAAAUACUUUGUUUUCUUGUCCUUUUCAUUCCUAAAUGUCCUAUUGACUGAGACAGGGUUGCCUGGGCUUGCCUAGACUUCAGACACAUGGGCAAGGUUAAUAAACUUAUUGGAAUAACCAAUUCAUGUUCAUAUGGGAAAAGUAGUCAAUCAGGUUACGUUGUUUACCUGUGCCAGUAAUUUCUUACCAGAAGUUAACUACAUCACAAAGCUGACAACCAUAAACUUUCAGUUCUCUCUGCUGAGGGUGCCUUAGAAUCAUUCUCUCUCCUAUCAGCUUUAUACCACUUUUAUUGCAAGAGGAUAUUAGCAAUUGCAGAAGGAGUAAGUUAUCCAUCUUAUUUCAGAAUGUCUAUCUGAAAUAAAAGUUUAAAAAAUAUGGAUAUCCUUUAAAUCUAGUUACAAGAUAUUGUACUUGCUUGAUAAAGGUUUUAAAAAAAGGGUAAAUCAUAGUUAAUGAGCAAAUUGAAGAAAGCUAUUGAAGCCUAUUUCUCGGUGACAGGCUGACAGAGACGUGAAUUUAAGUGAACAUUUGCCUUGAGUUGUUUAGUUUUUCAACACUGUAGAUAUCCAAAUAACAGAAGAAUUCUUAUUUCUGCAUGAUUUAAGCAAAAUCAUUUUUUUUUCCUCACCUGAAAAAACAUAUGGCUUAAAAUGCUUUCAGAGCUUUAUUUCUAAAAUUAAAAUCUGGUCACUUGAGAUCCAUUUUGUUCUCUGGUUUAAAAGUUAAAAGGUUUCUUCUAACAGUCUCUCCAGCAGCAAAGCAAGGUAAGUAUACAAGGGGCCGGCAGUUGUGCUGGGCCUCCUUGUUACAGGAAGUGUUUUCCUGUUUAUCCCUCUAGUAUUUGCUCCAGUUUAAAUAAGUGAAGCAUUCUAAGAUGUUUAGUAAGCAGAUCAAACAAAGUGUUUUUAUUUUAAAGUGAGUGUUUUUCACUUCAGCUGAUCUAAAGAUGAAAACAAGAUAUCGUAUGUAGAAAUAUUUUCGUAAUAUUUUUACAAGCUUUCCUGUGUUUUUUGUCUUAUUUUCCUUGCUGCAUUUACUGUAGGUUGCACACGAACUCUUACUCUCUUGUAAUUGUGCCUCAGACUUCUCAAAAGUCGACUUUCUGAGUUGCCCAGAUCUUCUAGAUCCAACGUGUUAGCCUUGGUUUGUUCUUGUGCUUUCUGUAUUUAAAACUUGGGCUGUACUAGGCAAAUACAAGAUUAUAAAUUUAGCUAAUAGGAGUUUACAAACAGUUCAGAUGAUUAUGAUUUGAUUUGGUUUAAUUGAGCUGUACUCUAGUUCAUUUCAUCAGGAAAUGAUACUGUAGACAAAUGUAAAUAAAAUCUGUGAGUCAAGCAUCAAGUGUUGAUUAUUAGAAAUAAACUAGAAAAUUUUAA